AUGGCACUGGCGGCAGCAUCUGGGCAUGCCUACAGCAUGCCAAUGGGCACUCCCAGCCGCUCCAUGUUCUACGCAAUGCAGGCCAAUCUACAGCUGCUGGAGACGGACCGCGGGAUGCUUGAAGAGUUUGAGGCGACGCCCUGGCUGCUGCCCACCCGCACGCCGCUGCUGCCAUAUGCCGGCGUGCAUGGCUUUGACGAGCUGCUGGCGCUGCGCUCUGCCCCCGUGGCCGGCCACGACAAGGCCAUCGCCCUCCUCCUGUUCAGCAAGGCGUACGCUGUGAUGGCGCAGAACUCGAGUGAGGAGGCAGCGGCAGCAGCAGCAACAGCAGCAGCAGCAGCAGCUGAGGUCUACUCUCUGGUCAAGCAUGGCGGCGUGCGCAACUACAUGGCCAUCACCUGGUUCGAGCAAGACUUCGAGGCCUGCCUGGACCUCAACCUGCCCUGCGUGUAUGCCGCAGACAUGCUGGUGGAGCCCCUGUUCGCCUCCACCAAGCCCCUCCAGCACGAUUUCAUCGUCAUGUCCUGGAUCAAGCCCGCGGUGGUGCUGCGUGCCCUGCGCCAGGGCUAUGUCGUGCUGUCUGCAGACACGGAUGUGUCGUAUGCCGUCAAGCCUGUGUGGGACAGCUAUCUUGAGUAUAUGUAUCGCAACGAGGUGGACGGCGCAUGGCAGGCAGAGAUGCCACUCAACUCUGGCCACUUUGCAGUGCUGCCCACGCCCGCUGCGCUGCGCUUCAUGGAGGCCUGGAAUGCGUCUGCUGCGGAGAACACCAAGGCCAUGGUGGCGGACCAAAAGGCGCUGCCGCAGUUUGAGGGCAGCCACUUUGUGACGUGCCGCACGCCCUGCAUGUGCUACAAGCAGAAGUUCCAGCUGCUGGAGGAGGAGCGGCGGGAGCAGGUGGCCGUGUUUGCGGCCUACUUCCCCGGCUUCUUCAUGUACACCCAGAGCGGCUGCACCGUGGGCAGCACCGAGUGGGUGCCCGACGUCGACCCCUGCGACUGGUCGGUGCUCUUCAUGCACCCUAUCUGUGCUGGUGGCGCGGCCCUCAAGCAGGCAAUCAUUCAACGGUCGGGCUUCUGGUUCAUUGACAGCGAGGGCUGCACACCCCGCACGGGCUCGGCCAGCCAGGUUCCCGUCUGCCACCCGCUGCACUGGCGGCAGCCAGAGGCCGAGCUGAAGCUGUACAGCUGCCCCUCGUUCGACUUGGGGCUGGUGCAUGGCAAGAUGCCGGUGGCGGUGGCGGCGCUGCGGGCAGGGCUGGCUGGCGAGGACGCCAUGCGGCUGCUGUUUGCGUCGCGCGACAAGGAGUGCUGGCCAGAGCAGCCCGGCGUGCAGCACCUGCGGCCUGGGGCCAGGCGGUGA